AUGUAUAUUGAUGUGAUUGUGAUAGGCGGAGAGAAGGAAAAGGCGAUUAGUCUUUUACUGAGUGACUCAAAUGUGGGAAAUCCGGAGGAUUCCGACUUACCAAAUUGGGCGAGUAAAAAGUGUGAUAAUGCAGUUGGCACAGAAUCAAAUGGCGUUCUUGACUACUCGGACAAUAUUAAGAAAUUAAUGCUCAAACUACCCUUCUAUCUGCAUGAUAAAUGGAGGAACCAAGUAUAUAAGUACAAGGAAGCAAAGAGGAAGGUUCGGUUCAAGGACUUAGUGAAGUUUGUGAAGACAGAGGCUAAGAAAAUCAACGACCCUACGUAUGGAAGUAUUGCCACUGGGACUUCAAGACCAAAGACUCCGCAAAAGAUUGCACGUUCCAGCAAUGCAGUUCCAGAGAUUGUUACAGAUUCUAUACCUAAGAGCACCAGUGACACCGUACCUCCUCCAGCCCCGAAUUAUAAGUGUUUCUUCUGUGACUCUACUUCCCAUUCUCUGGAUACUUGCAAAAAGAUAACUACCAAACCUAUGAACGAAAGAGUCAACUUCAUUAAAGAAAAGGGAUUAUGCUUUGGCUGUCUCAAGAAAGGCCACAUGUCGAAGAGAUGCCGUAAUCGUUCCAAGUGCGGCAUAUGCAAAAAAAGUCAUCCAUCUAUCUUACACAACGAAGAAAGCUCGUCAGUUGUUAGUGUAUCGAAUGCCAGUACUGGUUAUGCUAUCGCAAAAGAAGAUCAAAAGGGGGAUGUGUCUUGUGCCAUGGCGAUAGUCCCAGUUAGAAUUCGCUUGCGUGAUAAACCUCAUAGUAUAGAGACAUACGCAUUCUUGGAUACAGGUAGUAGCGCUUCGUUUUGCACCGAGACAGUUAUGAAACAGCUUGGAGCUAGAGGUAAGAAGACACAGCUUACACUGAGUACAAUGGGUGAGCCAUUUAUCAUGAACACAUUUUCCAUCAGUGGACUGCAAGUAAGUGACAUUGACUCGGAAAAUGCUAUUGAUCUUCCGCGAGUGUUCACGAAGGAGAAAAUGCCCGUGUCUAAGAAGCACAUCCCAACACAAGCAGAGGUGUCAAGGUGGGAACACUUAGCAAAGGUUUCACUAGCUGAGCCUAACUGUGAGAUAGGUUUGAUGAUUGGCAGCAACGUACCAGAUGCCUACUCGCCUAUUGAGAUACUUGCAGGCCCUAGUGGAUCACCACAUGCUACAAGAACUAAGCUUGGAUGGGUGGUCUGGAAUGUUCUUCGAGAAAGCGGUACUAUACAAGUCAACAGAGUUCACAUUCAGGAUUCAGGAGAAGACAUCGAAGACAUGGUUAAGAGAUCUAUGAACCUCGAUUUCCCUGAGCGUCUUAUUGACGAUAGAAAAGAAGACUCGAGGGAGGACAAACAAUUUUUGGAUAUGGCUGAAAACUCUAUUUAUAAGAAUGGAGAACAUUACUGCGUUUCGUUGCCUUUUCGUAACAAGGUCACUAUUUUGCCUGAUAACUCGGUAAUGGCUAAACGGAGAUUACGCAGCAUUGAGAACAGGUUCAAGGCAGAUCCCAAGUUCAAAGAAGAUUACACUGCCUUCAUGGAAAAACUGUUGGUAAAAGGUCAUGCGGAACCAGCACCUGUGGGAUUUGACAAAGGAAAGGUCUGGUACAUUCCUCAUCAUGGUGUAUACCACAAGAAAAAGAACAAGAUUCGAGUGGUGUUUGAUUGCUCUGCUCGAUAUCAAGGUGUCUCCCUUAACGACAACUUACUCCAGGGACCUGACCUUACAAACAAUCUUCUUGGUGUGUUGAUGCGAUUCCGGGAGGAACCAGUGGCUGUCAUUGGAGACAUUGAAGCGAUGUUCUAUCAGGUGAAGGUCCCAGUAAAUGAAAGAGACUAUCUGCGAUUUUACUGGUGGCCCAACGGGAAUACUGCGAAUGAGCCAAGGAGCUACAGGAUGACGGUUCACCUGUUUGGAGCCUCAUCAUCUCCCAGUGUUUGCAACUUUGCUCUUCAGAAAACUGCAAAGGACAGUCAAGAACGGUUUCCCCAAGAAGUUCAGGACGCACUGAAAAGAAAUAUGUAUGUCGAUGACUGUCUGACCUCCGUUGCUACAGAGAAGAAGGCGAUUAGUCUUAUACAUGAUGUGACUCAAAUGUGUAAAUCCGGAGGAUUCCGACUUACCAAAUGGACGAGUAACAGUGAUGAGGUUGUGGAAUCUAUUCCAGAGGGUGAUCGUGCCCUAGACGUCAAGUUGUGGAGUCUGGAUAGUAAGCCACCUAUCGAAAGAGCUCUCGGAGUUUAUUGGUUCAUGGAGAAUGACUCCCUUGGAUUCCAAAUUCAGAUGAAAGACAAGCCCGUUACUAGAAGAGGUAUUCUAUCAGUAACCAGCUCAGUGUACGAUCCUUUAGGAAUUGCAUCCCCGUUUGUUCUUAAGGCCAAGUCAAUUCUGCAAAGACUUUGUAGGGAUGGUAAGGGAUGGGAUGAGGAGAUCACAGGAAAAGAUCUGAAGGACUGGACCGAUUGGCUGCUUCAGCUACCUGAACUAGAGCAUGUUACCAUUGAUCGGUGUUACAAAGGGAAAAACCUCGGCAAGAUGCAAGUGACAUUGGAUAUGGAAUGGUAUUCUAUCUUCGACUCGUUGAUGUCACCGGAAAGAUCCACUGCACGUUCUUGUUCGGGAAGGCGAGAGUCGCACCACUGA